AUGUAUCGUAAAGUUCCUGCAAACUCAACCUGGUUAGAGAUAGAGAGCCUAUCGUCAGGCCUUGAAUACUGGUCAGGUCUCGAAAAUGUCCUUUUCGUUGAUAUACUAUGUGUUAUUGCGACGGCAUCACUUCCAUUGCGACUUUACACCUAUUUGUGUUUGACUCAAAAGAAGGGUGGUUGGGCGCUGAUAUGGACAACGGUUGCUUGGACCGUCGGCAUUCCCACCAUCUUGAUCAUGAACCUCGGAGCAUACUAUCCUGAGCUCAACUGGAACACAACAUACCACACUGCAGGCUAUUUUUUACUGCAGCUCAGCGCUUCAUUUGCGCGGCUUGGUAUACUAGCUUAUAUCGUCGACGUGCAAGCCCAAAUUUAUACGGCUUGGGAAUAUGGGAUAGGGAGCGUUGUACUUGGGAAUAUUAUCUGGAGUCCAGACUUCCAACUUGCUCUGAAAGAUGCUGAAUAG